AUGGAUGCGACACAGACAGAGACACGCGCUCUUGAAUCGGAAACAAUUUUAUGGUGGCCAUGGAGCAUGGAGGAAUACGAAACGACAGCGACGAGGUUUAAUGAAUUAGCCCAACAUGAAGGAACUACCGUUGAGAUCUUGCCCUUUGAAGCCACCCCUCCUCCCGGCUUCUCUUCCUUUCUUCCCAAUUGCUACGGUUUGCAUAUCCGCGUCUGGACCGUAACCAACACCGACGACCACGUGGAUUCGCCUGAAGACGACGUCCUUUCCAGUUUCAAGAUACGUUGCUGCGACGAAACCGACCAAGAUGAAGAAGAAGUUUGUUGCAUAUGUCUAGACGAUCUGUACCGAGAAUCGGUGACUAGUUUGGAUUGCCGGCACGAGUUCCAUCCGGACUGCAUACGGAGGUGGCUGGUCCGCGGCAAGAACUUCUGCCCCCUCUGCAAAGCCACAGCAAUCAAGGAGCCACUUCACUUAAUGCUAGAUUCUCUUAGUAUCAAUUGA